AUGCCUCCGAUGGCGAUCGAAGAGGCCUUGCGGUAUCUUGUCGAUGAAGCGUCAAUGGCUGGACGUACGGGUGACCAGACGUCAACCUCAAGACGGCGGCAUGAUAUAGCUGGCCAUGGUACUAGUGAUGUCACUGUUGCCUCGUCGACUCGGAAAUGUCGUCAAUCGAGAUCUAUUGGGAUCACUUCGAUGAGUACCCUAAACGCAGACUUCGAGUCAAAAGGAUCAGUACAUGAAAAUACCACAAGACCUAUACACGACCUACCACGCCAAUUACUACUAGCAGCGGACCAAAGUCCACCAUCGUACCUCUUGGUCGAUUCCAGCUUUCGCGAUCAGAUUCUUGACGACAUCGAAUUGUUUCUGAGUAGGUCUCUUCUCGAAGUCCGUGUCUUUGCAGAAAUACAAAACACAGACCUCGUUCUGGAGAGGGUAGCCAAUCUUGGACGAGAGCUGUAUGAGCAGAUUGGCGCCGGCAACCAAGAAGUCCUGCGUCUUCUUGGCGGGUCGCAUCCAUCUUCCAAUGUCACGAAGACCGUAUUGCGAGGCCGUAGUAUAUUGAAUCCGAAGACGCUUAGCCUCAAUAACGAAGAGUCGCGUAUCAAGACACGUUCACUUCCGAGUCGUGUGACAGCGUGCACUGACGGUGCGCUGCGGGUCUGGCGGGCCCACAGAGAGGAUUCUGUUCGUAGAGAGCAGAGGUCGACGUUGACACGAGGAUCAAGACGUAAUGAGGUGGCGGGCAUCCCAAAUAGGCAAGUAACGAUAUACGUCGAAAAUAUGCUCAGCGCAUUUAUCGUCGCCUGCCUCUCCUGCUCAGGGUACCAGGAGAACAUGCAACGUUCACGAAUACUGGUCAUGAUGUCAUCCGUCCAGUCCGUCAUGGUUCGCCGCAAGCGAACCCUUGCCGUGCCGUAUGUGCCAUCACUGGCAAACGCGCAGAGCUAUCGCAGCUUCGAAAGAGCCGGAGAACGCAAUACGAGGGGGUGGAUGAGUGGCUCGCGUCAACGAGCCCAGAUUAGACUGAGAAGCCGCGGAGCAUCUCUGGCUAUACUGUGCGACUUCCCUCCCCAGCGUGGUGCUACGCCACAUGUGGUGUCUGGGUCGGAUCAUCAACAGAAGUUGCUGCAGCACUGCUCACUUAGCGGUAGAUUCAUGCCGGCAUGCAUUUCUCGCGAUUGCUGUCGGGAAUUGGAGGGUAUCCUACCAAAGGCCAGCGGCACACAGAUUAUCACUGUCCAAAUGAGACUUGUCGUCCGCGCGCAUGUCUAG